AUGGCUUUAUCCCCAUUGCUGCUCACGUCGUGGGACUACAUCUUCGUGGGUGGCGGGCUUUCGGCGUCAGUCGUCGCACAUAGAUUGAACGAGCGAGACCAGCAACUCAAGAUCCUCGUUGUCGAAGCCGGACCAGAUGCAAAUAACGCUGCCGACAUUGUUUAUCCCAACUCGACUAACCUCAUCGGUGGUGAGUAUGACUGGAAGUACAUCACCAUCAAUCAAACGAACUUGGAUGACCGGACUGUAAACUAUCCCGCCGGUAAAGCUCUAGGUGGAGGCACAGUUAUCAAUCGAAGCGGGUGGGUGAGGGGUGACAAAUUUGAUUUGGACCAGUGGGGCGAGUUGGUGGGUGACACUCGAUGGAGCUACGACGGUAUGCUUCCGUACAUAAGAAAGACGGAAAAGUUCUGGAGUGACACUAUCAACACCGAGCAGCAUGGCCUUACGGGGUUAGCUUCCAUCCAAUCCGAGACGUCUACGAAUCGAAAGUAUCCCAUGCGCGAGUAUGUCCGUCGUUCGUGGAACGAUCUAGGGAUAGAGGCUCGCCCUGGGCUCGAUAGCAACGCAGGAGACCCAUUGGGCAUGGGAGAGGUCCAGGAGAACCGAGUGAACGGCCGUAGAGAGAUUGCGGCAGCUAUUUACUCGCUCCAUAAUGUCACCGUUCUUACCGAAACUCUCGUCGAGAAGGUUCUGUUCAAGAAGACACGCGACGGACUCUCCGCCAUUGGUAUCAAGCUUCGGAAUGGAACCGAGAUCCACGGCCAAGAAGUGAUCCUCUCAGCCGGUGCGAUCCGUUCCCCGCAGAUACUCAUGCUCUCUGGCGUUGGACCCGCUGACGAGCUGGAGAAGUUUAACAUACCGGUUCUGCUAGACCAGCCCGCAGUCGGCGCGAAUCUUGCGGACCAUGGACUUUUCGCACACUCGUGGAAGCUCAAGGACCCGUCUGCUGGCUGGUGUCCAGGCUCAGGAAAUCCCCUUUUCCAACAACCACAGUAUGGAUGGGGCACUGCAGCCGACUUUAUCGUUUCGACCGAUGUGCCCAAGGAUGGUCUUGCAGCUGCCAUCGCUGCAGAUGAAGGCGUCGAUCCCGACCCUGCCACUCACCCGCUGCUUCGCCGCCGCACUUUUGCUGAGCAUCUGUUCAUGUAUGGCGGUUCGGCCAACGGCUCGGUUGUUUCGUGGGGACUGAUCAGCCUGCUGGCCACGUCGCGUGGAUCUGUCAAACUAUCGUCAGCAAGUAUCCAAGACCCCCCUCUCAUCGAUCCUAACUUCCUCGGCACUGCAGUCGAUCGCUACGUUGCUCGCGAAUCUCUGAAGCUCCAGAUUCAGUUCGCAGGAAGCAAUAAGACUGUCGUGGGCAGAGACAUUAUUGCUAGAGAGGUUGGCGCCCCGGGGUUUAGUAAAGUAUUGUCAGUAGACUCGACCGACGCUGAAAUCGACGCUCGUCUUCGGGCUGGAAUGGGAACUAGCUACCACCCGAUGGGAUCCCUUGCCAUGGGUAGCGUAGUUGACACGGAUCUCAAGGUGCGAGGCAUCCAGCACCUGCGUGUUGUUGAUACAUCAGUGUUCCCGGUCGUCCCCACCGGCCACUUGCAAGUAACAACGUAUGCCAUGGCUGAACAAGCGGCGGUGAUCAUCUACGAAGGCCGUUCAACACCGAAUAAAACCGUCUGCCAGCCGACUUGA